GCCUUCCAAGUUUAUUACAACCUACUUACACAUCGGACACGGAAACUUUCGGAAUCCUUGACCCGACGCGUACAGAAGCACAGUCUUUGUGAUGCUGGGGAAUAUAUGGUCUACUCGUUUUUCCCCUUCACUUUGCCCAUCCCGAUGCGGUAUGGCCACUUUGAAGGAUAUUGCUAUCCGGCUCCGAUCGGUGAAGAACAUCCAAAAGAUUACUGCUUCUAUGAAAAUGGUUUCUACUUCAAAAUUUGCCCGAGCAGAACGGGAGUUACGGGCUGCUCGACCUUUUGGAGAGGGGUCUAAAGCUUUCUACGAAUUCACUGAUUUGGCCCCUACUGAAGUCCAUCCCAAACCAGACACUAUUCUGAUAGCAAUUACUAGUGACAGAGGGCUUUGUGGUGCGGCCAAUAGCAGUGUAGUAAAGAUAAUAAGGAAUUUACUUCUUAGUGACCCUGAACUUAUGAAUAAUGCCAAGCUGGUCCUUGUCGGUGAUAAGUCACGGGCUCAGUUGUCUCGGCAGUUCCGUAAUCUCUUCCUUCUGUCCUUUACUGAUGUCGGCAAAAAGUCUCCGACAUUUGAAGACGCUGCAAUGAUAGCGGAUGCCUUGCUUCGCAGUGAUGUCAAGUUCACUCGGGCUAUUAUGUACUACAACACCUUCAAGUCCAUUGUGUCAUAUAUCCCGACACCACAAAACUUGCUAAACGUUGAGGAGAUUCAGUCAGCGCCAAAAGUCGGACUUUAUGACUCUGUGGACGAUGCCGUGUUGCAGGGGUAUACUGAGUUUACCCUUGCUUCACUCAUUUACUCAGCGCUGAAGGAAGCAGCCGCAAGCGAGCAAUCAGCGCGAAUGACUGCUAUGGACUCCGCGACGAAAAAUGCGGGUGAUAUGUUGGACAAACUAACCCUCAGCUUCAACCGCACACGCCAGGCCGUUAUCACCCGUGAAUUAACGGAAAUAAUAUCAGGGGCUGCGGCGGUUUGAAACUCCCACGCAACCAAGCUCGUCUGUACUGCGUGUUAGAGCUUAAUACACUCUUUUCAAUUAACGCUUUAUGCUGAUAUCCCCUUGCUAGAGGUGACCAGUAGUGCGACUUUCAAUACAAAGUUGACUUUUUGUAAAAAUAUGCACCAUGCUACCAGAGUUUUUACUGAUAUGGAUCGCUAGUCAUUAUUUCACAUAUCAGCCGCAUACGAUAACGUGGAUGAGUUAAACAGGACUGUUGAUGUUCAAGUGUUUCUUUCUGAAUAAGGAAUCUCCUAGAAUCCAAUUUUAUCUUUUCUGAGGCAGACAUCAUGUAUCC